CUGGUUGAAGGGUCUUGGCUAAGCCUGAACUAGGAUGUGAGGAAUUUGUUGUGCACACCAUAUUGGAUUUAGGAGGCGACUUUAGCUUAUUCAACCAAGAAACUAAUCUUGUGGGCUUUCAGCUGAUAGACAAGCUACUUCUUCAUUUGCUGUGUGUGUACAAGGUUGGAAAAAUGGUGGAUGGUUUUAGCUUUUUAAAUGAAGCUCUUUAUAGUCUGGUUUACUGACAAGAAAAAUCAGAGUUAGACAUGAAUAAUAAACAAGAACAAAAUGUAGAUAUUAGUCUACCAGUUGUAAAAUUUAAGCUUGUGUUAAUCUUGCAAGUAAAUAUUGUAUUUAGUAAAUUACUUGACUCUGACGUUCUGUAUUAAGGCACUGUCAAAGUGAAUCCCUCAAAAAUAAGAGGACAAGUGGUUGACACAUACCCAUCAAAUAUCAGAGGGGUAGCCAUGUUAGUCUGAAUCUGUAAAAAGCAACAGAGGGUCCUGUGGCACCUUUAAGACUAACAGAAGUAUUGGUUACUUGCAUCUGAAGAAGUGAGGUUCUUACCCACGAAAGCUUAUGCUCCCAUACCCAUCAAAGAGCCCCUUUCUUGAGAGAAGGCUUCUGUAUUAUGUGUAUAGUCAGAAUAUUUAUUGAGGCCCAGUUGUAUAAAGGUAUAUAUAGGGACUGUCACAUGUACAUCUUAUUUCAAUAUUUGUUUGUAUCUUGGUGAACCAGUUUUAUGCUAUAUUCCAAGUGUAAGCUCUCUAGUCCUCUUUAGGGCUCCAACAACUUGUGCUGUUUCACUGAUCUAGAUUGUCUUGAUUUUCUUUUAUCUGAUUUAUGUUUCUUUAGGUGCUCCACUGUUGACUAGUAUCUUGUAGUAGGUGAACAUUUACAACAUCAAUUUAUUUGCCCUUUUUAUCUAGCUGUGAAUACUCUUCAUGAGCUAAUUGCCAGCUAAGCACUCCCAUUUUAUCUAGAUAUCUUGUAUCUCCUUUUUAGUAUUAGUUAGCCCUCCAACUGUCAUGUAACAAGAUGUAAAUACAUGACAUUACUUGUUGUCUUCUGCAGGUGGCUGGUGUGCAGUGUGAACAAGAUUGGCUCUAACAUCCUUUAUGCCUUCCUAAUCAAUCAAGCUACAUUCAUGUACCAUUACUCUGAGCUCAUUGACCAAACCAGGAUUUUAUUCAGUGUACAUAUUUAUUGUCAAUUCUUUUUUAGCUAGUAGUCUCUUCUGCUAUACUUUGUUGAAAUUCAAGUCAGCUUUCAAGCAGGCUGCCCGUUUUUGCUUUUGCUGGCUUCCUGUCCCUUUCCCAAAUAAAUUCAUCUGAUUUGUGUUUAAGCAUGCCAUCAUUUAUAAAUCCAUCCUGACCAUCUUUGACCCAUUCAGAAAUCUGUUAUAUGUAUGGACUUGAGGAAAGGGAAGGGAUUUUUCCUUCCUAUGUAUAUUUCAAAUGGGAAGUAAGUUAUUGGAGGCUUUUUGCUUCCAGUCCAAUAAUAACCUAAAAUAUGAAAACCUCAGUUACAACUUCUCCAUGCCAUAGUAAGCUGUUCAUUUUAUCUUCUUUCUGUAAUUUUACUCUUGUGCUUCCUUGGGUUUUAUUACUAUUUUCUCCCCUUUUGUUUGUUUCUCCAAGCGUCCUGUCCUCAUUUUCCAGUUUCCCCUUUCUUUAUUUGGGGACCAGGGUGUCUUCUGGGAUUCCCCUUUUCCACCUUCCACUUUGACCUCUCUGCUAUUGUCUCCUUCAUCCACCUAAAACAAGGACACUGUGCGUUCUGGUGAGCCUUCUAACAAUUUCCCUUACAAGCCUUUCUCUUUCAAGUAAGAAUAAUAGUCAAUGAAGAAAGAUUUGUCCACAAGGGUCUCUCUCUACCAUUCUUCAUUCAAGAUGAAUAUUUCCUCCUUCAUUCUUCUUAAACUGUUCUCUAGCUACACAUCUGUAUCUUCAUUGUACAGCUACCAUCACAAAUUGAUUAAUUCAGAAUUCUGAGGAUGUCCGAUGUAAAUGCAUAUGUCCUCCUUACAAAGAUCAUCCUGGCAAUAUUUACAACAAAAAUGUUUCACAGAAAGACUGUGAUUGUCUUCAUGUGGUUGAGCCUAUGCCCGUCCCUGGACCUGAUGUGGAGGCAUACUGCUUACGUUGUGAAUGCAAAUACGAAGAGAGAAGCUCUGUCACAAUUAAAGUUACAAUCAUAAUCUAUUUAUCCAUCUUGGGCCUCCUGCUGCUGUACAUGGUGUACCUUACAUUGGUAGAACCUAUACUGAAGAGACGUCUCUUUGGACAUUCACAGCUAAUUCAAAGUGAUGAAGACAUUGGGGAUCACCAACCUUUUGCAAAUGCUCACGAUGUGCUGGCUCGUUCCCGGAGUCGUGCCAAUGUGUUGAACAAAGUGGAGUAUGCCCAGCAACGUUGGAAGCUACAGGUCCAAGAGCAGCGCAAAUCUGUCUUUGACCGUCAUGUUGUGCUCAGUUAAUUGAUGUCUAAUUCAAUGAUGACCAGAAGAAAGUAAAAGGGACUAAAGGAAAGAGCUGACUUAUGUCUUCCUGAUUCUACCAUUUUUGAAUGGUUUGUUACUGGCAGCAAAAAAGUGUUAACUUUGUAAGAAUGUUCUGGAGUGGAAACUAUCAAAAAUAAACAACAAAGUUAAUUAGCCAAAAGCUGAUAAUUCUUUACAUUUUUUUAAAUGGCAUUUACUAAUAGAACUAAAAAAAAACAACUUACUCUAAGGUAUCUUUGGAUGUAACUGUGGUACCUUAUUUAUUAUGACUAAGAUGUUUUUAAAUGUAACUUAUAUGGUUUAAAAAGCACCAGAGAGCAUACUCUGUAACAAAAGAUCAGUUACAACACACUAAUCACUUUACUCAGUGAACUUUUGUAAAUAUACUCAGUUUUUCUCCUCACUGUUUAAUGCUGUGUACUGGAAAUCUAAAUCUUGCAGUGUAGUUUCUGACAUUGACAUUGGCCAGUUGUGUUCAUCAUUAUGUUUCUUGCACUGUUACUUUGAAGAUGUUUGUAUAGCAGCUGACCGUUGCAAACUUAAGGCAAAACUUAAAUGGACAAUGACUGUUGAUGAUAAGCUGCACACUUAAGGUACUGUGAUGUAGAUAAACUAAUGCAGUGCAUAUUAAGACAGCGCUUUACUGUUUUGCUUUGAUCACUUAGUAUAUUGUAUGUGCUACCUACAGAUCUCUUCCCUGUCUCUUCAUGGAUAAAGUCUCAGGAGUUAGUGUAUGAUAAAGUAUAUAUUUAAAAAAUAAACUCUGUAUUUGUCUGGGUUGAUGGUAUAAGGCGUAUACUCUCCAGCAUCUUCUGUUAUCUUGGGAGUUAGGUGUAUUUUUUAACUGUGAUGCUGUACUCAUCCCUCUGAGGUAUACAGCUACUGGAUAACUAACUUUCAUAUAUCCUCUUUGGAAUGGAACAAUUAAAGAUGAUCAUGAUUUUUGAAAAACCUA